ACAUGACUGUAACAUGUCUGACAACAUGUGUGAUGUUCCAAAGAAGCACAGUGAACGAGCUGCGUACAGUCUGUAGAACUAUGUUCCACAGCGGGCGGAUAUGUGCGGGUGCUGUCAGGUGAUGUCCUUAUGUGGAGCGGAGUGAUUCGGGGGCCGGGCCUCACUGAUCACUGUUCACAAACACAACUUUUUAACUUUAUUCACUGAUUGUGGUCAAACUGGAUCAAAUCUGACGCACAGGACAUUUUCUCCGGGUUCCUCUGACGUUCUCCGACUGAUCGGCCCGAUCUCGCGCUCACUGACGGACUUUGACGGACAGGUAGCUUUACUUGUUGUUAAAGCAACCGCUAACUGAUGCUAGCUGCAGCUGCCUGUAGCAGUUAGCUCAGUUAGCCGUGCAGCUAGCGGUCCUGUUAGCUGAGUGUGCCCGGACUGGGAGCUCGGAGCACCGGGGGACUGUCGGUCUUCACACCGCCGGCACAGGAGCUUUGGCUCGCCGGAAGGAGGAGGUUUUCAGGCCCGGGGCGGGGGGAUCCAGCGGGGAAUGCUGGCGGGGAGCGGCGCUGGAAUGGGCUCCAGAACCGGAGCCGGGCGAGCGGGAAACGGAACCGGGAUCAGCACGGCCGGACCGGGACCGAACGCAGCCACCGACACCGACGGAGGCCGGUUUGAAGAGAGGGAAUACAGCACCGAGGUGGUCUACAGCGGCUCCGACCAGGACUCGGACUCCGGGGACGACGAGGACACGGCAGGGUCAGGGGGGGACAGGAGGGGCGUGAAGCGGGAGAGGAGCGAGAGGGAGCUCGGACACCAGUCAGCGCCCACCUCCGGAGGCCUGAGCGGGGGUUACGGCGGGGUCAGCCCCGGGGUGCCGGGAGCCAAACCCGGCAAGAAAACCAGAGGAAGAGUCAAGAUCAAGAUGGAGUUCAUCGACAACAAGCUGAGGCGGUAUACAACUUUUAGCAAGAGGAAGACUGGCAUCAUGAAGAAGGCGUAUGAGCUGUCCACGCUGACCGGUACUCAGGUGCUACUGCUGGUUGCCAGUGAGACGGGUCACGUGUACACAUUCGCCACCAGGAAGCUGCAGCCGAUGAUCACGUCAGAUACGGGAAAAGCUCUGAUUCAGACCUGCCUCAACUCUCCGGACUCCCCGCCGCGCUCGGACCCCUCCUCCGACCAGAGGAUGAGCGCCACUGGCUUCGAGGAGACCGACCUCACCUACCAGGUGUCUGAGGCUGACGGCUGCUCGGAGGUCGCCAAGGAUGUGAUCAAACCAGCCUUCACCAUGUCCAACCUUCCUGGCACCACACAGGCCACGCCAUCCUCCUCUUCGUCCUCGGUGUCCAUGCAGGUGCAGACCAGUGCCCCCUCCUGGCAGUCGUCCUCGUCCACCAACGGGACGGUGCUGAAGACAUCAGCCGGCGUGGUGCUUCCUGGAGGCUUCACCUUGAUGUCAGGUGCCUCGCUGCCCCCCGGCACACACACCAUCCCCCUCAGCCAGCUGCAAGGCCCACCUCUCACCAUCCAGGGGCCCGGGGCCCCUGGCCCCACUGCCGCCACCACCACGCUGCACACUCCACCCACACCGCCCACCACACUGCUCCGCCUCCCCGCCACCGUGUCACUGGCAGGAGGCGGAGUCUCUCAGCAGCUACAGACCAUUCAGGUUCAGCCCAGCAGUCAGCAGACCUCCACCAAUCAGAGCAGCUCCGACAUCAACAACCCCGCCUCCUCCACAGCCAGUCUUUCUGCCUCCAUUGUGUCCUCCUCUUCCUCGUCCUCGUCUGCCUCUUCCUCAGUAGCAGGUCACAUGAUGUACCCCGGCGGUCACACGGUGAUGUACGCUGCACCGACGCCCUCUCUGGGUGACGGCAGCCUCACCGUCCUCAACACCUUCCCCUCGACAGGCCACGGCCAGUCACAUGACCCAGGUCCUCUCCCUCAGGUCUUCCUCACCUCGCUCCCUCCGGUCGCCGCUCAGAUCCCUGUGUCUGCAGUCCAACUGCACCCGAUGGUGAUCAGUCAGCAGAGCAGCAGUAACCUGACGGAGCUGCAGGUCGUCAGUCUGGACGUCCACCAAUCAAAAGACGACUGAGUGUCACAUGACUGUCUCUUACACAAACACAUGAUGAUGAUGCAAUGAACUUCUUGUUUACUUUGUUUUUCAUCAUCAUGUAAACAACAACAGCACUCUGCAGCAGCUGAUCGUUAAACGCCUCACACAGGAAGUGAUUUUCAGAAUAAAGCGCAACAGUUUUUCAUCGGAAUAAAACAUCUACAACAGAAAACAUUAAUGACCCUGAAACUGAUGAUGUCAUCAGCCUGAUGUUCAGGUGAAUGUUGUGAUGAUGUGACAGCAUGACCAGGCAUGACAUCAUCACACACUCACCUGUGUGUGUUUGUCACAUGAAUGUAUUGUUGUGUUUCACUUUAUAAUUAAAAAAUUAAAAGUGCCAAAAACAUGUCCAAGAAACAGUUCACCCAAAAACCAUGAAUCAUGUUUACGUCUCCAGUUUCAGGACACUUCCUGUUGAGUCUCCACGUCAGGCUGACAUCACUUAAGUUCUGUUGGUGCGUUUAAGGACACUCGAUCAUGUGAGAACUGAUGGUCAGCUGCUGGACUGUGUUGGAUUGAUGAGUCAUCAGAAGACGAUCAGGAAUCAAACAGACGCUGAGCUGCUCUCAGGCUGAUGACAGGAAGUAAUCACAUCUGGAUUCAGCUUCAGUUUGAGGAUUUUCUGUUUCUGCUGGACCUGCUGAUCCUCGUCAGACCCACAGGACCUGGUCAGACUCUAAACAGACAUGAGGAUUUAUUUUCUAAACUGAACUGUAUUUUUUUAGACUUUGACAAAGGGAGACAGGUCAGUUGUCAGCUGUGUGACCUCUGACCUCGUGUCUUCAUUCACUCAUUUACAUUUAUUUCUAAACAGCAUCAUCAGUUGUUUGUUAGCAGCAGGUUGUUUCUGCUGAACAGAGCUGAAGAAAUCAAUCAAUCAAUUAUCAAUCAAUAAAAAGACUUGGAGAGAAACUGUGUGGGAGUGAC